AUGACUAGCAAGAUUAUGUAUAAUAAUUAAAUUACUUUGAAGAUAUAAAAACUAUUAACACAAUUAUAUUCUUAAGAUUAAUAAAAAUCAUCUAAAUUAUAAGAGGACAAAACUUUCAUCAAUGAAAUGCAAAGACAAUUCGAAUUGUUAUUAAACUGUUCUGACAUUUUUUAAACCUUAGAUGUAUUUAAGAAUACUAGAGAAUAUGUAAAGGAUAUAAUGGAAAAUAAUACAAUAUAAUUUUUACCAUUAUUGAAAAACAAAAAUGAAUUUGUAUUAUUAAUAUUUAUUAAUAGAAAACCCCCAAGUUUGAAUAAAAUUUGUUAAAAUUCUCUAAUAAGUUGUAUAAAUUCUAAAAGAUUUUUCCAGUAUCAUUCUAGUUCAAUUUAUUAUGA